AUGGGCAAGAACUGCCUCACGUGUCUUCCAGUAACACAGUUGCCUCUGGUUCAGAUAAUCUUCUACGAGGGCAGGAACUUUGAAGGCCGCCACUAUGAGUGCAGCAGCGACUGCACCGACACACACACUCACUUCUCCCGCUGUAACUCCAUCCGCGUGGACAGCGGUUGCUGGGUGGCCUACGAGAAGCCCAACUACGCUGGCUACCAGUACAUGCUGACCCAGGGCAAGUACCCAAACUACCACCGCUGGGCUGGUUUCAACAACUGCAUCCGCUCCUGCCGCAUCAUCCCCUCUUACAAUGGAGCGUUUCGGCUGAAGAUCUUCGAGAGGUCCGACUUUGCGGGCAAGAUGAUGGACCUGAGCGAGGACUGCCCCAACCUGCAGGACUCCUUCCAGAUGCGCAGCAUCUCCUCCUGCAAUGUGGUGGAGGGCUACUGGAUCCUCCACGAGCACCCCCACUACCGGGGCCGCCAGUACAUCCUGCGGCCCGGCCCCUACAGCCGUCACAGCGACUGGGGCAGCAUCACUACCAGCGUGGGCUCCGUACGCCGCGUCACAGAGCUCAAACAGACCCAGUAAAGGCCCUUGCUCGGGCAGCCCCGGGUCCUGAAGUUAGUUCAGGGG